GCUUGCUUUAGUCUCAGCUAAGGAUUGAUGAGGGACCCACACAUAAUUUGAAGCCUCCAGUGGAAAAACUUGACUUCGGAAUCAUCCCAGCGCAACUUCUUUGAAAGGGUCUGGCCUUGCCUAUUGACUUGUAGGUAAAGGCACAAUAUUAUGAGGCAAAGUCGACAUCGAUUUGAUAUUUGGUCGUCUUGAGUGCGUACCCAAGAUUGGAGAGUCGGUCUUUGGAGGCAUGGACUACGCCACAAGCAGCCCCAUGUCUGAUCAGGAUGACCUUGAAGUGGAUGAGUAUGCCCGCAAGAAUGGCCUAUCUGUCGAUUCUCGCUUCAGUGCAUUCUCCUUGUUGUUGUCUCUGUCAUCUCUUCGUGGAAUCAAUUCUCCCUCAGACUCAGCGAAUUUGCUCCAAGACGACGAGUGUCUCCCUGAAUUCAAGGUUCCCCCCUUUCAUUCUUUCAAUGAACAGCCGGCUAUUUCGAGAGAUGCUGCUGAGUUUCUUAGCAAAGUCAUAUCUAGAGAUGACGGCAAUAGUGAGGUGGAGGCUGCUGCUUAUAUACCAUCUUUUGUACGCCAGGGCCAUUUGAAACUCGAGCUGCCGCUUCUCCCAUCUGACAACGACGCCGAUUGUCACCAACUCAAAGAGUCGAUCAAAGCUCGGAACCUUAUCCAAAUCGACUCCCAUUUCCUGCCAUUAGAACCUCUUGUUGCGUCGAAGGACGAGGGACUGGAGUUUCCAGAAACUGCCAAGGUUUACAGGGCCCAACUGGAAGACGGGGACGAGGACCGUCUGACCAUGCCAAAGGAGGUACUACACUGCAUAGUGAAAGCUUUGGAUGCUUCGUGGAACGAUGAGGAUACUGCUGCGCUGAUAACAGCGAAAAUCAUGUGCCAGAGAGGUACCAGGUCGACUGAGCUAACACCACCUCUCAGCCCGGUUUUGCAACCUGCAGAGUUCUUUAUUCCAGACUCUGAAGUAUGUCAAAUUCCAGUGUCUUCAGAUACCAGCACCCUGCUUGGAGCUGAUUUGGAAGCUGCGGAGGCAGCCAUCGUUCAAGAGGAAUCUUCACCGCUGCGAUUCAGCACGCCGGAAUUCCCCGUCCUACUCGAUACACCAUUGGUUAGCCCUGACAGGUUAAGACUUGAUUCUGUCAAAGUCGAAGGACCUUUGACCCCUCUCGAAUCUGAAUCAUUCGUUCCGGAUCAAGUGGCAGAUCUACAGGAAGGAGCUAAGGGCUUGCUGCAGGGAUAUAUUACACUCGAAUCGGAUUGUGACCUGACCAAGGAUUUAACGAACCCACUUGAACAUAAUCUGUUCGAAGGAUUACAAGAAGAUGCAAUGACUACUCUCAGAAACAUUGAGCAAGAACGCCUAGAUACUAUGGAUGCUGUUGCGCGAGUACCGAUUCCGGUCAUGGAUUUCGCAUUGCCUGAACCUGAGUGGACAAAUUCUGCAUUGGAUUGCAGACAACACUUGGAGUUGAUCGAUAUGUAUCAUGUGGGACUGGACAUACCAUUGUGGCACAGGAAUAGGGCUGUGGACCAGGAGCUGUGGUGGACUCCGUUUCCUAGUAUUCUAGGACAAGUCUCAGUAAAAGAGUCAAUUGAGGAAGAGAACACGUUGGAGUCUAUUCUUCAGGAUCUGUGUCCACACGAGGCGCCGACAAGUGCGGCAUACGUUUGGAAACAGCCAGGCCUUGCCGUUCUACAACACACUGACGCAGACGACGACGACGACGAAGAAGAAGAAGAAGACUUAGAGGUAGUGCCAGACAAACUGAAGAAUGAUGCAGACCUUCACGCGCUACUAAAAAAGAGGAAGCUCGAAAUCGACAACGUCCAGGACGAUGAAGACUGCAUUAAGGGCAAUGCUGCAGGCGGCCAUACUACUGCGCCUUCAAACUGCGCGUCUGAGUUGGAAUCACGGGAGCUGCUGUCUCCUAUUGAUCUCAUACAAUUACCUCCAAACGCCGCAGCGACCAAUACUCAAGACAGAUCGACACUGAGGCUUCUGGUUGGAAACGAUGACCCUUCUGCAACAAGUAUACUGUUGGCCAAUUAUGUCGAUUUUCACGCUUCCAAGAAGCAGAAGACUGCGAGAAGUUUGUUUUUCGACGGGAAAGAAAAGUAUCUUCCCACUAGGGAUGACGGCACUGACGGCACUGUCAAUCUAAAGAAAAUCACUAAGCCCAAGCCAACAAAGGACAGGCAUGCGCCUUCCCAGCAGACAUCAGCCACUGCACCGUGUCCCAGUCUCGACGCCGGGUUCAAGCCGACCAAAAUUAUCAUUGCUCUAAAUUUAGGUCGCGGACUCCUUUCACGUCUUGAAAAAUUAAUCCCGACUGCCGAACUCAUAGAGAGAGACUUUGAACGCUGGAACACAUUAGCCUGGGGCCGCAACUCUGUUAUUCGGUCGCCCAUUACCUCUCCCUUGGCAGCUGAAGCCGAUGUUAUUGUUUCGUCUGCCACAGGAAUCCUCAUUACAACACUCAUCAAGGCAAUACAGAAGCCUCUUCCUGGCCAUACAGGCAAAGCUGCCAUUCGUGAACGGAUUGAGAAGGUUUCGGCGCGGUAUGAGAGACUCUUUAUUCUGGUUUCGGCAGGGAAUCACGCCCAUCAAUUGACUCAAGAAUUGAGCCAGUCGGAAUGUACAGCAUUUUCUGAAUUCACCGCUUUUGUUGCUGGAUUGGACACGACCGCCCAAGUGUACUAUGUUGGCGGAGGCGACGAGACCGUGUCCCGUUGGCUAAUUUCCUUGGUUAUGCGGUACUCUCUGGAAGCCGCUGAACAUUAUCAACUACUGAUAACAGAUGAGACGACGUGGGAGAUCAUCCUAAGACGAGCAGGCAUGAACGCGUUUGCGGCACAGGUUGUUCUGGCAAAUUUGCGAGACACAGACGAGGACACUGAAGCGACCAUUGAGAAGUCUGCUCUCUCAAAGUUUGUGAAGAUGUCGCUUGCUGAGAAAAUCGAGAAGUUUGGCCGAAUCAUGGGAGGCGAACGAGUAUUGAAAAGGAUUGACGCGGUAUUUACUGCCGAAUGGAAUUGAGUGCGAUGGGAGAUUCCGAAUCAGAAUUAUCUCAGUUACUUUACCUACGGGCAUGGGGUCUUACGGAGCUACGAGGAGUGGAACUUGGCUAUGAAUACGCCUUGAAGGCUUGGCUAUCGGCCUGAUUUGCACUUACACUAGAGUGUUCGUUUAUCUGCGUUACAAUCUAGACGUUGGCUGCCUUGAAGAAAUUGCGACGAG